AUGAGAGAAGGAAAGGUAGCAUUGGUCACUGGAACCAAUUCGAAUUUAGGUUUGAACAUAUGUCUCAGACUUCUCAACGAAAUUCCAGCGGACACCAAUUUGACUUUGAUCGUUACUUCAAGAACCCUUCCUCGAGUGAAGGAGGUUAUCACUAAUAUUAAAAAAUAUGCCGAACAAAACUUGUCAUAUCGCACAGGAUUUCUUGAAUUUGACUAUAUUCUAGUUGACUUUACGGACAUGAUUUCGAUAUUAACAGGUUUUUAUGAUUUGAAUAAGAAAUAUACCCAUCUUGACUACGUCUUUGUCAAUGCCGCUCAAGGUGUUUAUAGCGGAAUCGAUUGGGUUGGUGCUUGUAAAUCAAUUGCCACUAACUUACUUGAUGCGGUUACAUUCCCAACAUACAAAAUACAGCGGGUGGGUGUGAAGUCUGGUGAUGACAUGGGUCUUGUAUUCCAAGGAAACGUUUUUGGACCAUACUAUCUCAUUCACAAGAUUACUCCUCUUCUCAAGGGAGGCGGAAGAGUCAUUUGGAUUUCCUCUAUUAUGUCAGAUCCUAAGUAUUUGUCUUUUGAUGAUUUACAAUUGAUCAAAUCUCCAGAGCCUUACGAAGGGUCAAAGAGACUUAUGGACUUAGUUCAUGUGGGUGUUUACAAAAAGUGGAAGAAGCAGAACGACAUUUUGUCAUACGUUGUUCACCCAGGAAUAUUCACCAGUUUCUCUUUCUUUGAGUAUUUGAACUUCAUAACCUACUACGGUAUGAUGCUACUCUUCUACAUUGCUCGGUAUUCGGGUUCCACCAUUCACAACAUUUCUGGCUACAAAGCUGCGAAUGCACCAGUCACUGCCGCAUUAGGUAGUAGACUGCAAGCUAAUAAGAUAGCUUCCUCGACUAAUCGUACUGGGCAAGAAUUUCUUGAAGAGAAAGAAAUAGAUCCUACCGGGGCUGACGACGUGAUCGCAUACUUCGAUAAGCUUACUAGCGAAUGGGAUGCAAAAUUAAAAGAUCAAAUUAAAGAAACGAGGAUAGUGUGA